AUGCCAGCCAACCGCUCCAGCGACGACAGCACGCUCCAUCUCCCCCGGAUCCUCUGCCUCCACGGCGGCGGGACAAACGCCCGCAUCUUCCGCGCCCAAUGCCGCAUCCUCACGCGGUACUUGUCCACGGCCUUCCGCCUCUGCUUCGCCGAAGCCCCCUUCCUCUCGCAGCCGGGUCCGGAUGUGACCUCGGUCUACAAGGAGUUCGGGCCAUUCAAGCGCUGGCUGCGCUCAUCGGCCAGGGACCAUCCCGAGAUCGAUCCAGCCCUCGCGACGGAGGCAAUCGAUGCGAGUCUGCGAGAUGCCAUGGACGAAGACGACCGGAGGGGCGCAACGGGUGAAUGGGCGGGACUACUUGGGUUCAGCCAGGGGGCGAAGAUGUGUGCUAGCCUGCUGCUCAGGCAGCAGGUUCGGGACGCGACUCGGACGAGUCCGAGUGCGAGGGACGGCCCGAACUGGCGCUUUGCCGUAUUGCUGGCCGGCCGAGGACCAUUGGUUUCCCUGGAUCCGGCAUGUCUCACGUCUCCUGCGGUCGUGGAUGCGGGUGGGAUCGCCAUGACGGCGUUCCCGGAUGAGAGGCUACUCGCUGCCGGUACCGCGCAUGUGCUGCGUCUGCCUACGGUGCAUGUGCAUGGGAUGCUCGAUCCCGGGCUGGAGGAGCAUCGGAAACUGCUGGCGCAGUACUGCGAAGAAGGGACUGCGCGGGUUAUGGAGUGGGAGGGCAACCAUCGGGUGCCGAUCAAGACGAAGGAUGUUGUGGCGCUUGUCGGGCAUGUUUUGGAGGUGGCUACUGAGACCGGCGUGCUCCAGAGACGGAUUUGA